GUCCACGAGGAUUCCCCCGAUUUACCAAAAAGAAAAAAAAGGCUAGUUUUAAUCUUGAGAGUGUGAAGUCUGAUUAUAAAAAUAGUUUUGUAUUAAUUCAAAUAUUUAUUAAACUUAAUAUCAUUACAGAAUAAACAAUAUACAUAUCCCUUUUUUCCUGAUUGGGCGCGAAGAGAUACAAACAAUCACACAAACACCUUUAUAAUGUUGUUUCGAUAACAUUAUAUAAUUUAAUUUACAGAAUUCUUAUAAUUAUGUUAAGAUUGAUAGAUUUUUUUUUAUUUGCCUUAAGAUUGUUUUUAUCCCUUAUUAACAAUCAAGUGCCUUAUCAUAAAUGGCUUCCAGUAAAAGUACCCUUGUUGAUAAUAUUACUUGUUCUUGUUACAUAGUCAUCUCAAACGAGUAGUGUAAGUACUACAUAUCUGGUACUAAUUAAUUAAUUUAGAUCACAGCCACUUGAAUACCACUGGUGGAGACACAUAGGACAGUUUUUAUCCAAAUCACAAUCAAAUUCACGGGAAGGUUAAGCCUACAGGUAAAGCCGCGGGUCCUUAUUGUUAUAUCACUUGUACAUUAUAGUAAAUUUACGUAUGCCAUAAAUAUAUUUAUUACUAAUGUUAGCUCAUAAAAAUAUUUAAACGGAAUGAAAUUACUGUUACAAAAGCAAAAUGUUAGCGAUACAAUGGUUCUCAAGGACAUUCAUAAUAAAACAGUUUUAGUGACGGGAGGCGCCACUGGCUUGGGUGCGAAAUAUGCUGAGAGUUUUCUGAAACAUGGAGCUAAGUUACAGAGUGUAGCUAUCCUGGACAUCGCUGAAGAUGUAGGCAAAGCGACAACUGAGCGUCUGAACAAGACCUAUGGCAAUAAGGUGAUGUUCAUCAAAUGUGAUGUCAGCAAAGAGGAUGAUAUUACAAAAGCAUUCGACGCUGUGGUUGCUCAGUUCAAGCAUGUAGAUGUCGUUAUAAACAAUGCUGGAGUUAUGACUGAUGCGCAGGCUUGGAGACUCGCCUCUGAUGUCAACUGGCAAGGAUUAGUUUCGUUUGCCUUGAAGGCCGUUAAACACAUGAGGAAAGAUGAGGGUGGAGCUGGUGGUACUAUUGUCAACGUUUCUUCUAUAGCCGCACUAACUAAGGUUAAAGCUCUUCCUAUUUACUGUGGAUCUAAAGCUGCUGUACUGCAUUUCAGUCAAUGCUUAACGCAACCUCCUUUCUUCGAGAACACUGGCAUACGAGUGAUGGUCUUUUGCCCGGGGCCAACAGACACAGCCUUGCUUCAUAAUGUAGAACUUACGAGCUACGAUCCUAAGCUUGGUACUGCUUUAGCAGCUGAAUUGGUAGAUACCGUAUACCAAACGACCGAUUCAGCAGCGAAGGCUUUCAUUGAAAUGUUCCAAACUGGCGCUCCGGGAUCCAUUUGGUUGAGCCAAGACAACAGACCAGCGCAGGAUAUAACUGCGACCGUUGAUAGUGCGUUCCAGACGUUGGAGGAACUGGUUCAAUGAAAAAUUGUUCUCCGUAAUAUUGGUUUAAAAGCUAAUGUGCAAGAUUUGUCAUGGAAUAAAAUUAUUGUAUUGUCUUUUUAAUUGUUGGUAAUUCUAUGCCUUAAUUAUAUGGUUCUCAAUGUCAUUAUUUCCCAUAGAGAUAAGUAUUAUAAAUACCCCCCCCCCGCCCCCUAAACUCCUUUUCAAAUCAUAAAAUCGGGAAUACACUAGAAUACACUAGAGAAACACUCGGUCCUUUCAAGUGCUAAGAAAUCUGCACGCACCGUGCCUAAGAUGAAAAAACCAAGGAUGCUGCAAGGUUGAAAACGUAUAAUUAUAAGCGAAAACGCACUGCGAAAUAUAUUUUUAUUCUAAUUUCUGUAUAACCUUUGACUGCACGUAAAUUUAUAUAUCCGAGUGGUAUGGGUCGUCUAACGCAAUUCGUCGUGGAUUUGAUCUCCACGCAAGACAAGCAUGUGAGUGAAAGACUUACUUGUUCUGAGUCCAGGUGCAUGUGACUUAAAAUGAGUAGACGAAAGCAUAUAUUGUAGUUUAAAGGACGUAAGAAUAACGAUUUAUCUCAAUACUAAACUGGUAUUCAUGAUGUUGAG